UGGGCCAGGAGCGGCUCGCCUUCUCCGAAUCCAGCGUGUUGGUAUCUAGCUAUUCUUGUUUGUAUCUAGUUAUUCUUGUUUCCACGUGGUCUGCUUGUGCACCGCAUGGAAUACUACCACACGGCUCCAGCUGCCCAGCAGCUGAUCGAAAGCAGCCCUGUUCUCGGAACUAUGCCAAUAUUGAGCAUGCAAUUUCCAUAGCCUCCAAUGUCUUAGAAACCAGGCUAUCGAGAAAGCAUCUGAUCUUGGCGGGUUGCUUUUCAGAUCGUGACGGCCACGGCCUUUCAUGUUGACCACAUUUUAUGCACAACUCUAUAAGAUAUCUCUUUCCCUUCGUCGCUGUCGAUCUCAGCACUCUCUAACAAGCAACAUCCAACACUCUUUUGAUUUGGAACUUUCACGUCACACUCGUUUACAUUCUCUAUAAUUUAAUACCACAGCCAUAAUGAAGACUUCCGCUGUUCUUUCCCUUGCUCUUUUGGGCUUGGCCACUGCAUCUCCUGUUGCACUUCCCCAGGAUAUCGACUUCGAUUCUUACGAUUCCAUUCCAGUCGCAGUGGAUAAAUCAGCUCCAGUCAACCCUGUUGUUGCUCCUGCCGCUGUCUCAUACGAUCCUUCUGCGGCUAUCACUUCUGCUGUUUCUGCUGCUACUGCGGCCGUUGAUGCAGACCUGAACAAGCGUGAGAUUCACCUCGUCGAAAAGCGAGGAUCUUGCAAUGCUUCUCCUGCUGGCAACGCUCCCGCGGUCAGCCCUGAUACCGAUAUUGCCUUCCUCACCAAUCCCGACUUUGCCACUGCUGCGAACGGUGCAACUCCUCCUCCAGGAUACUUCUUGGCUGUUGGAUACCAGAAUCUUGCAGCCAGUGCAAGCAGCCCCUCUUACUUGACAUAUAUCUCCGAUCCUUUGACCAGUUACGACCCAGCACAAUGCGCCACGGCCUGUAAUGCCAUGACUGGCUGUGUUUCCUUCAACAUCUUCUUUGAGCGUGACCCAUCCAUCUAUGUCGAUUCUGUCAACUGCCCAACGGCAUCCUCUGUUACUCGUAUAAAGUGCUCCUUCUUCGGUGCUCCCAUCACUGUCGCAGAUGCCACCAACGCCGGACAGUACACUGGAAAUUUCCACGUCGUCAUUGCCGGAUCCAACACCUACACCACCGCUCCUCAACCGCUCCCUGGUUUCACCGGCCCAGUUUCCGUCAACAAUGCCUCCAUCAUCUCACCCACGGCAGCUAACACCUAUAUGGGUGUUCAAAGUUUCGUCAUGACUCAACCAUUCGACCCCAGCGUUUGCGCUGCUGCUUGCACCGAGAAGAGCGCCUACAACACCCGCCACGCUGUCGCUGGAGUUGCUCCUCGUCUUUGCAUGUUCUUCGAUGCUUACAUUCUGUACAAGAAUGGCGCGAAUGGUGUCUUCACUUGCACCUACUACACUCAGGCCUAUGAUAAGUCUUAUGCUACUAACUUCGGACAGUACAACAGCGCUGGUGAUCACUUCACGAUCGGUCACUCUUACCUCUACUCGGUGUCGUCUUAAUCCAUUAGUUUAGCAUUUGAAUGGUGGGUGGGAAAAUGGGCGGCGGCAACAGGGUUGAUUGUUUUGCAAAUUAUCUUUUAUGAUUCAAUGUUUGCCUUAAUUAGAUUCUGGUUGGGGGGUGAAGAGAGAGGUCAUAUUUGCUAUCUGCGUAAUAUUGAAUCUAAUAUCUUUUACCAAAUUACCUCUUCUUGCGAUGUGAUCGCCAUGCUCCUUCCUCAGAACUCAUUCCUCGACCCGAAUUUUUAAGUGAUACUUAGAAAGACAAGAAAGAGAAGAAAAUCAUUGGUAAAACAUAU